AUGAGCUAUUCGUACUCUCCGCGCACUCGCCUCGGCCACCAGGCCGCAUCGCCGUCGCCCCUCCGCCAAACAUCCACAGCCUCCAAUGGCUCAUCAGCCUACUCAGGCGACUCCAACCGAUACCCCCCCAGCCGGUCAAGCACGCUUUCCAGCAAUGAAUCGACGACCUUUCAGCCGGUGACAUUGGGGCAUCGUCGCGGUAAGAGCGACGGUAUGGCACUCACUCGAUCGCAGACCGAUUACUUCUCUAUAGGGGAGAAGGAAAGCAAUCCAGUCGACUACACCAGCAUGCGAAAGGCUCUGCGACCGCUGCAACAGGUCCCACAAAGCCCUCAGAGCUCGCCUAUACCCGAAAAGCCUGCUCGUCCAACAAACAGUCCCACACGCACGCAUACCCGCGCGCAGAGUGUUGACCCUGCGAGGUUCAACUCGUACGAUGGCUCCGUCUCUCCCCCCGCCAAACCUCGUCCACUUUCCAUGGCCAUCUCGCGCUCUGACUCGAUACGAGCACCCACUCGCGAUCACUCUGCCCGGCCGCUCGAUACCGCUCAUCUCGACCGACCUGAACUACAACGGUUUCAGAAGUCAUCGACCGGCCAUCUUCGAACCCUAUCGAAAUUCGCAGAGACGGCCUCGAAAGAUGACUUUGCCAUCAAGUCGCCAGAUCAGGAAGUGGUGGGUCUACAUGGACGCAGAAGGCUGCAGCGAACCGACUCUGCGCGCGGCCAAAAGGUGGCUUCAAGUUGGGCGAGCCGAAACUGGAUGGACCAGCAACGGCAAUUUUUGCAAGCAUACGAAUACCUCUGUCAUAUAGGAGAGGCCAAGGAGUGGAUAGAAGACAUCAUCCACAAGGACAUCCCGCCGAUUGUGGAACUAGAAGAAGCACUAAGAGACGGAGUAACACUGGCCGAGGUCGUCGAAUCCAUACAAGGUCGAGCGCUCCGUAUAUUCCGCGACCCAAAGCUACAAUGGAGGCAUUCAAACAACUACGCCCAUUUCUUCAAGUUCCUCUCGGAUAUCGAGUUACCAGACCUGUUCCGAUUCGAACUCGUCGACUUGUACGAAAAGAAGAAUAUUCCGAAGGUCAUUCACUGCAUCCACGCGCUAUCUUGGCUACUAUUCCGGAAAGGCAUGGUGGAUUUCCGCAUCGGUAACCUGGUGGGUAAACUGCAGUUCGAGGACCACGAGCUCGAAGCUACGCAGAAGGGUCUGGACAAAUCUGGGGUUAGCAUGCCCAACUUUUCUGGCAUGUCAGCGAAGUUCGCGGUCGAACCAGAGCCGGAGCCGGAACCUGAGCCAGUAGAGUCGGAAGAAGAUCGCAUUGACCGCGAGCUCUCGGAGAACGAAGUCACUAUCUUGGACCUCCAAGCACAAAGUCGAGGAGCACUACAGCGGAUACGGCUCGGCAACAUGAUGCAGCAUCUCUGGGAUAACGAAGAGCUAAUUGUUGACCUCCAGUCGCGUAUCCGGGGAGACUGGGCGCGUCAGAUUGCCUACUACCGAAUGGACAUGCGUCGCUUCGCGAUCAACCUACAAAGUGACGCCCGCGGUUUCCUUGUCCGAUCACGGCUACGAGGCGAGGAGGAGUACUGGCGUGACAAGCAAUCCCAGGUGCUUCUAGUUCAGAACAUAUUUCGUGGGCGUAAAGCCAGGGCAGAAGUUCAAUACACAACGUCGAAGAUACAACGACAUGAAACCGGCAUUCGAGAGUUCCAAGCCGCCAUUCGCGGCGCGCUGCAGCGAAUGCGGGUGUGCGACCGUUAUGAGCAGACACGCGAUGCAGAGCCAGUUGUUCUGCAAAUCCAAUCAAUGAUCCGUGGUGCACAGCUUCGGCACCAGGUCGACCGAGACUACGCUGAAUUGAAAGAGAACGAGAGCCAAAUCAUCGACUUGCAGGCUCUUUCCAGAGCAAUGUUCAUCCGACAUUCAAUGCGCGCAGAUCAGGAAAAUCUUCGCCACCAAGAAUCAAUGAUAACACAAUUGCAAGCCAUCGCCAGAGGUUCGCUCGCAAGAAAGCAAAAUGCGGAAGUGCAGGAGAAGCUGGUAAGCACCGAUGUCAAUUGGUCCGAUCUGCAGUCGAAAGCUCGCGGCAACUCCUUGAGAAGCUUCCUCGCACAACAGCAGGAAGAGCUCCAAGCCGAGUUGCCUCAGAUCAUUGAUCUACAGGCUGUCGCUAGGGGAGGCCAGCUCCGCGUGGAGGUGGCAAACACCCUUGCCCAGCUCAAUGACCAAGAGCCCAUCGUUACUUCUCUUCAAUCUCAUAUGCGUGGUUUCCUGUCACGGCAGAGGCACUUCUCUGAUCUCAAGGUUUUACAGGCUCAAAUCCCAACUAUUCUCGAUCUUCAAUCGGCAUGUCGAGGUUUCAUUCAACGACAGCGCACUUACGAGACUUUGUGCGCACUCAACAAUGAGGAGGCCAACAUCAUUCAAUUGCAAGCCUACGCUCGCGCAGUAAACCUACGGAUGCACAUUGGCACCAUUCUUGCCCAGGUCGAAGAGCACGAAGACGCCAUCAUUGAACUCCAGUCUUUAGCACGGGGAAUGAUCGUACGAAAGAAGUUCGCGGAGAAGAAGAAGUUCUACAAAGAAAACAUGGAGAAGGUGAUCAAGAUCCAAAGCUUCGUGCGCGGACGCCAGCAGGGUGAAGCGUACAAGAGCUUGACCAGUGGCAAAAUUCCCCCUAUCUCAACCGUCAAGAAUUUCGUGCAUCUUUUGAACGACAGCGACAUCGAUUUUGACGAAGAGAUUGAGUUCGAACGACUCCGCAAAACCGUGGUACAACAUGUGCGACAAAACGAGCUUGCCGAGCAGUACAUUGAUCAACUUGACAUCAAGAUCGCCCUGCUAGUAAAGAACAAGAUCACGCUGGACGAAGUCGUCAAACACCAAAAACACUUUGGUGGUCAUGUCGGUACCCUCCUCAGCAGCAAAGACAUAUCCUCAAAAGACCCCUUCGAUCUGAAGGCCCUCAACAAGAAUUCCCGCAGGAAGCUGGAGCACUACCAAGAGUUAUUUUUUGUGCUGCAAACACAGCCGCAAUACAUGGCACGCCUCUUCAAGCGACUUCGCGAGCAAUGUCUGGCGGAGAAGGACACGAAGCGCAUCGAGCAACUUACCAUGAGUCUGUUUGGCCUUGCACAGAAGCGAAGAGAAGAGUACUAUCUGCUGAAAUUACUGUCCCGAUCGUUGAAGGAAGAGGUGGACGGCUGCGCUUCCUUACAAGAAUUCGUUCGCAGUAAUUUCUUCUGGACGAAACUCUUCAACAGCUACGUUCGCUCUCCACGGGAUCGCAAAUUCUUGAAAGAUUUAUUUGGCCCGUUGAUUAAGGAGAACAUCAUCGACAACGAACACCUCGACCUUGAAAGCGAUCCUAUGCAGAUCUACCGCUCAUCUAUCAACAACGAAGAGCUGUCUACGGGCCAACGAAGUCGUCGCGAUCCGAACGUGUCGCGAGACCAAGCGAUCAAGGACCCCGAGACACGGGAGAUGUUCAUCCACCAUCUUCAAGAUCUACGCGACAUAGCUGACCAGUUCUUCUCCAUCGUAGAGGAGGUCCUGCACAGAAUGCCUUUCGGAGUGCGAUACCUCGCCCAGCAGAUGUUUGAAGAGCUUCGCCAUAAGUUCCCUUACGAAGCACAAGAGCAGCUGCUUCAGAUGGCUGGUCACUGGGUAUGGAAAUCGUACAUGCAGCCAGCCCUACUGCAACCCCAACAUUGGGGCGUUGUCGACCGUGGCUUGUCACCUCUAAUGAACAGAAACCUAGGCGAGGUUGCUAAGGUACUGGGUCAAGUAGCGGCUGGACGACUCUUCGGUGGUGAGAACAUCUACUUGCAACCGCUCAACAGCUACAUUACGGAAGCUAUCGAUCGGUUGCAGGAUGUUUGGUCUAAUUUGAUCAAUGUCCGGGAUGCCGAAGCACAUUUCGAGAUUGACGAGUUCAACGACCUGUUUGCUCGCGUAAAGCCAACGCUCUACAUCAAGCUCGCUGAUAUCUUUGCCAUCCACAACCUCGUUGUCGAUGAUCUACCCACCCUUUGUCCCAGUCAGGAUGAUCCUCUCCGUGAAGUCAUUCGUGAACUCGGUAGCGCCAAGAACAACGAGAACGAGCUGUUGCACGUCAGCUCCACUGAGAUCACAUUGACCCUUAAUCCGAAGUUUCACGAACAGGAGGAUCCCGAGGCUGACAUCAAGGCGCUCUUCAUGGAGACGAAGCGCUACAUCCUAUACAUUAUCCGUAUUCAAAAUGGCGCCAAUCUCACCGAAAUCAUGUGCAAGCCCGUCACGCCCGACGACGAAGACCGCUGGGACGCCCUUGUCCGCGACGAAAUCGCCGCCCAAAUGAAAGAUCGCAAUCGCAAACUCCGCUCUUCCGCCGCCUCGACCUACACCACUGACAUGACAUCAACUACUGUGCACGAUCUAGACUAUCCCUCUCUCAAGCGCUGCGCUUUGGAAAACAUACUACAAUUACAGCGCGCCGGCCGCAUCUCUCCUCACAACCACUACCAGGACCUCCUUAAUGCUAUUGCCGUUGACAUCCGCACCAAGCACCGUCGGCGUAUCCAACGCACCAAGGAACUCGAAGGCGUCAAGUCUACACUUGGCUCACUGGACGACAAAGCGCACUUCCUCGAAUCCCAGCUCAAGUCCUACAACGAUUACAUCGAGCAAGCAAUGGUGACGCUGCAGAACAAACGCGGCAAGAAGAAGUUCCUCCUCCCAUUCACCCGACAAUACAACCACAUGCGUGAACUUCAACGCUCCGGCCGCGAGUACCGCUUCGGCUCCUUCAAAUACUCCGCCCGCAACCUCGCAGACAAGGGUAUUCUUGUGAGCUGGAACGGGUUCCCAGAGCGCUCCUGGGACCGUCUAGACAUCACCAUCAGCUCGAACAGCAUCGGUAUCUUCGAGAUUCAAGGCAGCCAGGGCAGCAUGAUGAUUCCGGGCGCAUUUGCAGAGGUACCGCUGGACGGGCUGCUGCAGGCGCAGUUCGAUAACCACCAGUUCAUGAAUUUGUUCUGCGGAGAAAACGCAACCUCGGCCCAUGGCAGGAAGAAGUCAGAAGGGACGGGUGGAGAGGGCGUGGCGAGGGUUAAUGUUAAUCUGUUUUUGCACUUGAUUUUCAAGAAGUUCUAUCGCGACGAAUGA